UUAUUUAUUAUAAUUAUAAUUAUUUGUAAAUCUUGUAUAGAAUAAGCUGUAUUUAAUAUUUUGGGCUUAAAGAGAAAAAAGAAAAGCAUUUUGGGGUUUAUAGAUAUAGAUAAAGGUAAGUGGGUUUAAAACUAGAUGAAGAUAAAAGUUUGGGUUUAAAGGCAAAGACCCCUAUCAUAAAUUAACCUUCUAUUUUGCAUGUUGGUGUACUAAAAGUAUCAGAAAACAAUCAAACAUGGUUGCUUAUCCUUGAGAUGUUCCACAUCGUUCUAGUGCUAUUACGUGACCACUAAGUUAAUAACUUGUGGAAGUGGAUGUGGAUGUCUCAUGUUCUAUCUUGGACAUGACUACUGGAUGCAGUAUCCUCUAAAAUCUGUCUGCUUAUACAUGUCUUAUGUACAUAUUUUAACUUGUAUAGUUAUUUUUUAUGUUUCGAUAGUUUUAGAGUAUGAUUUAUGGAAGAAACAUGCUAAGGACAUCGAAUACUUCAUCUUGUUAGAGGCUUUGUAGCUGAACCAUAUCUUGUUAGUGCCUUUAACAUGUGAAGCUAAGAAACACACUAAUGUAAAUAACAAAACUGUAUCUCUUUUCAAUGUCUAAUUCGAUAUUGGUUCUCUACUAGAUGUGUGAAAGUCUUACUGAAUGUAACAAAUUUCCAUUUUUUGGAAAUUAAUAAUGCUACUUCUUAAAAUCCCUAUCAUUGCACAAUAACUUCGAAGUUGUGGUGAGGCUUAUAUUUUUAAUAUUGUAACAUGCCCUCGCAGAUCGAUGGCUCUUUUUUAGCGCAAAAACCUGGACUCAUGCAUGAGUAUCAAUUUUUUAAAAUCCACUUAGGGCCUGUUUGUUUCAGGCUUUUAUAGAAUAGGAUUAGGAAUUGGGUUCUGACAGUGGCAUUUUCGUAAAUUAUGGAUUCUUUGUGAAUCCUAUUCUGGAGUUUGGUUCAGCAAAAUUUUUUGGGAUUACAUCUUCUACACAGUAGCUACAGUUGUCCUUUUUUGUAGAAACCCAAAUCCGAGCAUUUGCUUCCGAUUUGGGCGAGAUUUCUGACACUUGAGCUUCCUUGUCGAUUCCGAUUCCUGGCUUCACGCUUUCGAUCCCUAGAUCUGGAAUCGCUCUGCCGCUCCCGCCUCAAUCGCCCUCUUCCUCGCGCCUCUGCUCCCGCGCUUCUUCGUCUACGAUGAUACUUGGGGUCGGGCCUCUUUCUCGAAACCCUAGCUCUUGAUUUCCACGAGAUUGUUGCUGGUUUUCUUGCCUUCGAUUCUUGGUGAUCCCUUCUGGUUGGGAUCUUCUUCAACUUGGGUUGGGAUCUUCUUGAUUUCCACGAGCUUGAACGUCGGCAUUUUCCCCUCUGCAGUAAGGUAUGGCUAACAAUCCGGCAGAUAAGCAAAGCGUGCCUUCUCAUUCGAAUGCAAUGCCAAGUCCUACAUCAGGGAUUAACAUGAACUACAUGCCUGUUCGACCACAGCCAUUCACCUCACCUCAGCAUACUUUCUCACCAUUCCCACCAUGGGAUGGUAAUUAUGGUGGGAUGACACAGCCGCCAAUGUCAUACAUGAGCAUGUUAGGCAGUCCACAAGGUUUGAUGUUUCCCACAGCCAGUUCUCAAAGUAGUGGACCUAAUCAAUUUUCACCAAACACUGGUGAUUCAGUUGGAAAGGAUAUUCAUGACGUUGAUGGGGCGGAGCACACUUCGCCAUUGAAAAGAGGGAAACGAUUAGCACACAAAAAAAAAGUUCCGUGUACCAGGUUGAACUCAAGAGGCGUGGCUAAUAAGUUUUGGCUUCCAGAGCACGAUGAUGUGCUUAUUCCUUAUCUUGCAGAUUUAGCAUUGGAUGGCAUGAAGCCAGACAAGAACUUCAAGGCUGAAGCUUAUAAAAUGGCUGCCAUGAAAAUCAACAUGCAAUUCAGGACUGAUUUCACUCACCUGCAUGUCAUUAACCACUUGAAAUGUUUGCGGAACAAAUUCAAUGACAUGAAAGCUUGCCUUGAUAUAAGUGGUGCUGGGUGGGAUGAAACAAGUAAAAUGAUUACAUUGGAUGAGGAAACCUUGAAAUCUUGGGCCCAGGUAUAACAAUUCAGCAUCUAUCUUGUCACAUUCAAUUUAAUACAUUUGAUUCUCUGGAUUUAUAAGUAUUUAUUAUUGCAGGACAAAUCCAAUUCUAAGUACAAAGCAUACAUAAACAAACCCCUUCCUCACUUCAAAAAUUUACAAGUUAUCAUGGGUGAUGAUCAAGCCAAGGGUGAUUUUGUUAGACCCGUGUACGCUAACAUUGGGUCUAGUAGGUCCAUACCUAUUCCCGAUGAUGAUUGCGAG